AGAUCACAACAAGAUAGUAUAAAAUGGCAAGUACUACAGCUGCAGGGAACAGCACCAUAGCUGCUACAACCUCUACUUCCACCUCUCCUCUUCCUGACAUCACCACAAAUGAUCCCAGACCUGACAUUGCGGAGCAGAUAAAGAUGACGGUAGAUGAUCUGGUGGUCGCUGGAGACUUACUGGGUGUCGUGGUCAUGAUAUCUAUUAUCAUGAACAUCUAUACGAUAUUUGUAGUGAGCAAAAACUGGAAAAACUUCGUUCAGUUCCCAUUUUCACAGUCCAACAUAAUCUGCAUGUUCCUCUCCUUCGCUGACUUGCUGCUGGGUCUGUUACUUGGCCUCCCCACCGCUAUACACAUGAGAUUUGCGGACUACUUCAGCGAACAGCAUCCCAAAGUCAUGGUGCACUAUUCAAGAGUUGCCGGUUACUUUCUGCUGGAUUACAUGUUUCUCUUCCGAUCAAUCAUCAUAGCUAUCAUCUGUAUUGAUCGCUGUGUCCACAUCUUACGACCCUUAGGCUACAAGAUUUGGGUCUCAAAUCGUUUGACCAUAGGAAUCAUUGCCGGGAUGACAAUCUUUCCUUUGCUAGCUCGAGUCGCCCCACAAAUUAUAUUUCUCAAUGUUGGAGGACAAAUGAUAUCGCACAUAUCCUGUUCAUCAUUCAGGAACCCGGACCCAGAUGAAGGCGCCGUGAUAUCAACAUUUGAUUCGAUCAAUUUUACUUUGCCUCUUUCCUGUAGCAUUAACAUCUGGUUGGACGGAGUGAAAACUGGUCUAGGAGCUGACAAAACUAAGGCAAGCUGGCCUGGCCGAGUAGCGGUUGCUGAAGUGGUGUUGUACACUUGUAGUGUGGUCUUCACCUUCCUGUCUAUUGUUAUCGGCAACAUCAUCAUAUUGGUUGUCAUCAUUCGUAGGUUCAGAGCAAGACAGGCACUCACCUGUCAUACAAAUCAGGAUCCAAACGUGAUGAAGAGUAAAGUGAAGCAAAGCAUACAAAAGAAUCUGAUGGCGACGUCGAUCAUGGCAUUGGUCUUUCUAAUCUCGAAUGGACCAUUUGUCGUGAUUGGGGUGGUGGAUUAUAUGGUGAAUUUCCUGGUUAAGCUUGACAUUGGCAUAGCAUGGAGGACGGGUGAUGACAAGAUGAGGCUCUAUCUUACCAUGUGUAUGUUUCUCUCUCUCCUCGUCAACCCAUGGCUUUAUCCGCUCAGGAUGGAAACUAUCCGAAAGUUCUUCCCCUGUUUGAAACGUCCUCUCAGUACCACCCUCCGUGAUACAAGAACUCAGAUUUUCUCUACAGCCCAAUCCUUCGGUCGUACGAUGACGUAUUCCAGGACUAUCUCGAAAGCUGAACUCUCCGAAGACGGGAAAGAAGAUCAACCUGUGUAAUCCUUAUCAAAAGAGUGGGUAUAAAUCCCCCGUUGAAACUGUUCCACUACCUAACCUUAAAGAAGAUUCCGUUGUUGUGUCGAACUCAAAAACUAUCACGAAGAAUUCAAAAACUAUCAUGACGAACCCAGAAUUCCCCUCACCGUCGUUAAGCCUUAAAGUAACAUUGCUUUCUUCACCUACUGAGGUGAUAGAAUUAGAACAGAUAGAAUUAAAACAGAAAUGUGUUAGUGAGACUGGAGAUAAUUCUACGGAAAACGGAUUUUCUCCGACACGUUCUGCAGUUGUCGCAAAUAUUUAUGCCACUGAAAUGGAGAUUUAAAAUGGCUGUUUUAAGCAGAAAAUUUAAGUUUUGUUUUUGUUUUUGGUUAAAGUUUUGAAAUUUGACUGUUCUUAAACUUAAAUAAUGAUAUUGACAAAUAUUUAGAAUCUAUUUCUGUGUUAUACCGUAAAAUGAACGGAGUUAUCAAUGCUGAAAUUUUGUUUGAGAAAACGCGAAAAGAGUGUUUUAGACCUAAUCUUAACCGACAUUUCAACGUCAUGCUCAUAUUUUGAAUUAGUAUUAAUUCGAUCAUAUUAUAAUUCAUAACGAUCAAUAUUUACAUUAAAAAUUUGACG